GAGAGUGGAAUGCUCGGACCUGGGCUGGCCGGCGUGCCCGCAAAACCAUCAGCGUCUUCACCUCUUACCUCGAUCUCAGUAUGAACAACAUCUCUAGACUGUCCUCAAACCCGCUGCACAAUCUCCGCUUCCUGGAAGAGCUACGUCUGGCAGGAAAUGGCUUGACACACAUCCCCAAAGGAGCAUUUUCUGGGCUUUUCAGCCUUAAAGUACUAAUGCUUCAGAAUAAUUUGCUAAAGCAAGUUCCUGCUGAAGCACUCCAGAACCUGCACUCUCUCCAGUCUCUACGCCUUGAUGCUAACCAUAUCAGCCUCGUGCCCCCCAACUGCUUCAGCGGCUUGGUUUCACUGAGACACCUGUGGUUAGAUGACAACUCUCUGACAGAAAUUCCAGUGCAAGCUUUCAGGAGUUUGCCAGCGCUUCAGGCAAUGACACUGGCUCUGAACAAAAUAUACCACAUUCCAGAUUACGCUUUUGGAAACCUCUCCAGUUUGGUGGUUCUGCAUCUCCAUAACAAUAGAAUCUACUCCCUGGGAAAGAAAUGCUUUGAUGGCCUCCACAACCUAGAGACUUUGGAUUUAAAUUACAAUAACCUGGAUGAAUUCCCUGUCUCUGUCAGGGCACUCAGAAACCUGAAAGAACUGGGGUUUCACAGUAAUAAUAUCAAGUCAAUACCUGGACAGGCAUUUGUGGGCAAUCCAUCCCUUAUAGCAAUCCAUUUUUAUGACAACCCUAUUCAGAUUGUGGAAAAGUCUGCUUUUCAGCACUUACCUGAACUCAGAACCUUGACACUAAAUGGUGCUUCACAGAUAACAGAGUUUCCCGACCUGACCGGGACAACAAGUCUAGAAAGCCUGACUCUUACAGGAGCUCGGAUCACAUACCUUCCUGAAACAAUCUGUGAUCAGCUACCCAACCUCCAAGUACUAGACCUCUCAUAUAACCAGCUGGGUGACUUGCCUCAUUUUACUGCUUGUGAAAACCUUCAGAAAAUUGAUUUACACCACAAUGAAAUAUAUGAAAUCAAAGUGGGCACGUUUCAGCAGCUGGUUGCCCUACGUUCACUGGAUUUAGCUUGGAACAAAAUAUCAGUCAUUCAUGCCAAUGCAUUCUCCUCUUUAUUGUCUCUGAUUAAACUGGAUCUGUCAUCCAACCUUUUGUCCUCUUUUCCUGUAACUGGCCUAUAUGGUUUAACUCAUCUAAAAUUAACAGGAAAUCAUGCACUACAAAGUUUGAUAUCAUCUGAAAACUUUCCAGAGCUCAAGGUGAUUGAAAUGCCUUAUGCUUAUCAGUGCUGUGCAUUUGGAGCUUGCGAUGGCCACUACAAAAUCCAAAACCAGUGGAACAAGGAUGAGAACAGCAGUGCUGAGGAAUUUCAAAGGAAAGAUGUUGGCGUUUUCCAUACACAUGAUGACCGUGACUUUGAGGAUUUUCUUCUUGACUUUGAUGAAGAUUUGAAAGCUCAUCAUUCAGUGCAAUGCUCUCCCUCUCCAGGACCCUUCAAGCCUUGUGACUACCUCUUUGGGAGCUGGCUAAUCCGAAUUGGAGUCUGGACCAUCGUGGUUUUGGCCUUUGUUUGCAAUGCGUUGGUGGUUGCGACGAUCUUCAGAUUCCCACUCUUCAUUUCCUCCAUAAAGCUGUUGAUCGGACUAAUCGCCAUUGUGAACACACUCAUGGGUGUCUCCAGUAGUGUGCUUGCCAGCAUGGAUGCAUUAACUUUUGGAGUCUUUGCUCAGUAUGGAGCUUGGUGGGAAGGUGGACUUGGUUGCCAGUCCAUUGGACUUCUCUCCAUCUUUGCUUCAGAGGCUUCUGUUUUCUUGCUCACGCUAGCAGCUCUUGAGCGCGGCUUUUCCGUGAAACAUGCCACAAAGUUUGAGACCAGCGCCACUCUUGCUAGCAUGAGGAUAGCCAUCUUGUUUUGCUUUGUCUUGGCCUUAAUCAUUGCAGUGAUUCCAGUACUUGGGGGAAGUGAGUAUGGGGUUUCCCCUCUGUGCAUACCUUUGCCUUUGGGGAAACCAACUGCUGUGGGUUACAUGGUAGCACUGGUCUUGCUGAACUCUCUCUGUUUUCUUAUAAUGACAAUAGCUUAUACAAAGCUCUACUGUAGUUUGGAUAAGAGAGAAUUGGAUAAUGUUUGGGACUGUUCCAUGGUCAAGCAUAUUGCCUUGCUACUUUUUACUAACUGCAUUCUUUAUUGUCCUGUGGCUAUCUUAUCAUUUUCUUCCUUGUUAAAUCUUACUUUUAUUAGCCCAGAAGUAAUUAAACCAAUACUUUUAGUAAUUGUCCCCCUACCUGCAUGUCUAAACCCACUUCUCUAUAUACUUUUCAACCCACACUUCAAGGAAGACCUGGGAAGUCUUCGAAAGCAGACUUUUUCAUGGAAAGCACCCAAGCAUGCCAGCCUGGUCUCUGUUAAUUCAGAGGAUGCAGAAAAACAGUCAUGUGAUUCAACUCAGGCUCUCGUAACCUUUGCAAGCACCAGAAUAUCAUAUGAUAUUCCCACCAACAAUUCACUAGUGCCAUCAUCAUAUCGAAUGAGUGAAAGCUGUAACCUGUCCUCAGUAACGUUUGUUCCGUGUCAUUAGCUUCGUCUCAGUCACCUGUGUUUAAAAAUUAUCAAUCACACGUUUAUUAAAUGGGUGCAUUUCACAUGCAGUAAGAGGGAAAUAAUUGUCUUACUACUAUUGGGUGCCAAAGGCUUGGUGGCAAUGAAAAUUGGCAUCCUAAAGCCUAACAGAUACCGUCUCAGUCUGGUUUACAGACAACUACUCUUGAAUCAGUUGAGGUUCAGACUCAAGAAAAAAUCCAAAAACCAUUGAUGUUUACAGCACUGGCUCUGUUGAUUCAAAAUAGAUCAACAUUUCUCACUAUCCAUUCAUGAAUCUUUUAAUGGUCACAAUGAAACUUCCACUAAGCUGAUCUUUUUUUUAAUGGGACUUCAAAUAUUAAGAAAAUGAGAUUAUCUUGGAAGUAUUUAUGAAAAAUGUACCACUCCUAGUUGCACAAUACAUAUUUACACAUGAACUGGCCUCAGUGUUCUUGUUUAACUAAGUGUGAAAGUGAAGAGCCGCUCUUAACUGGUUAAAGAGGUUGAACAUGGCACAGCUUAUAGGCAUUUGAGUUAGAACUUUACAUUAAGAAGUCCCAUUAGCAAUAGCAGACCUGCUUUGGAAGAACCACAUUGAAUACUAUAGGUUGGGAGGCCCGAAUUGUUUUCAGAUUUAUCCAGCAUCACUUUUCUGAGCUGACACAUGCAUCCUUGGGAAAGAAAAUGAACAAAUGCGGAAAGUAUGCACCCAAACACCGGCUGCACGGUUAUCAUAUUCCUUUGUCUCCUUGGAUUUUGAAGCAAUGCAGCGUGCAACUGGAGCUCUGUUCUUAAAACUACUUUGGAUUAAACAAGAGAUCAUCUGACCAUGGCACAAUACAUACUACAAUGUUUAUUUAGCUUUACUUUUACUGUGGUUCAGUUAUGGAGUGCUGCUUAAUGUCAGUGAAAUUGUUCCUCACAUGAAUAUAUAUUCUUUUGUAUACAAGAAGUAAAAGAAUAAGUCUGAAGACUGGCUCAAUAAAGAUUCUUUUAUAUUAUAAAUUUAGGUUAGAUGAACUUCAGAACAAAAACAGGCCACUAUGCAUACUAUUUUCAUAAGCAAGUUUGAAAGCUAUAAUUGAGAUAUUUUAAUGGGAAAAUAAUAAAAAUCAUUUGAGAAGCUUUUUAAAAAAAGAUUUGUAAAUAUAGAACUGUAUUUAUUAUUACAGUAAAAUCAUACUAAAAAUGAGAAUAAGCCAUGUACAGUUUUGUACUGAUAUAUUUCCUAGAUUUCUAUUUUCUUCUCAUAUAUUUGACUAAAUUCACUAUCUGUACAUAAUAUAUGUAAAUGUGUAGUGAUUGUAAAUAGAGGAUGUGCUUUCUUUUCUACUGGUGUUUCAAAUAUAUGGAAUUUGUAAUAAAACCUGCAGCUAAGCAGAAA